AUAUAUGUCUUGUUUCAUAGCCUCUUAUUCAACUCACAACAAUCUAAACAUUCAGAAAGUAAGUGAGACAUAAAGCCUCAAGAAUGGAAGUAGCGCAGGGAAUGCACAUGAAAGGAGGUGAUGGAGAAGAAAGUUAUGCAAACAACUCAAUCAUUUUUCAGGGAAAUGUGAUUUCUUCUACAAAGCUCAUAAGAGAGGAAGCCAUAACCAGUCUAUACUCCAGCACACUUCCUAGAAGCCUUGCAAUUGCAGAUUUGGGUUGUUCUUGUGGACCAAACACUUUAUCUGUGGUGUCAGAAGUUAUCCAUGUUGUGGAGAAUCUUUGCAAAAAGCUGAAUCAUUCUUCUCCCGAAUACAAAAUAUAUUUGAAUGAUCUUGCAGGAAAUGACUUCAACAGCGUCUUUAGGUCACUCGAUAGCUUCAAAGAGAAGCUACGAGAUGAAACCAAAACUGAAAUAGAUCGCUGCUAUUUCUUUGGAGUACCUGGUUCUUUCUAUGGUAGAGUUUUUCCUGACCGGAGUCUGCAUUUCGUCCAUUCUUCUUAUAGCGUUCAUUGGCUGUCUAAGGUUCCGGAAGGAAUAGAGAAUAGUAAGGGUGCCAUUUACAUCAACGAAACGAGUCCUUCGAAUGUUAUUAAAGCUUACUAUGAGCAAUUUGAAAGAGACUUUUCCGUUUUCAUCAAGUGUCGCGCUGAGGAAAUAGUCGAAGGAGGUCGCAUGGUUCUAUCGAUUUUAGGAAGAAGAGGCGAUGAUCCAUUCAGUAAGGAAAGUUGCGACCUUUUGGAUCUUCUCGCCACUGCUCUUAAUCACAUGGUCUUAAAGGGACUUAUUGAAGAAGAUAAAGUGAAUACUUUCAAUAUUCCAAAUUAUUAUCCAUCUCGAAGUGAAGUGAAGUCGAGUAUUCUCGAAGAAGGAUCAUUUGCCAUCAACCAUGUGGAGUUUUCAGAAGUAGAUUUAAAUAAUUCUGGUGAAUCAUUACAUGACAGUGGAUACAAUGUUGCGCAAACGAUAAGGGCUGUGUUUGAACCUUUGCUGGUUAGUCACUUUGGUGAAGCUAUAAUCGACGAUGUUUUUCAACGAUAUCACGAAAUCGUGGUGGAUCAAAUGUCCAGGGAGAAAAUGCAGACUGUUUAUUUCACCAUAUCAUUGACAAGGAAAGCACAAUAAGGGAGAAAUUUGGUUUGUAUUGUGUUGUUUAUGUUUGUGGCUUUCAAAACAAGAGAACAAAUUAAGAUUGCUAUGUUGGUUUGUUUGCUUUGUUUUUUCUGAGUAAUUAUACUCUAUGAAUUGUUAUGUAAGGCAAGAAUAAGAAUUACGUGAAGAUUAUGACUCGUUGUACUUUGAUAAUGAGUAAUAAUGUUAUUUAUAGGUUGGAAUUA